AUGGGCAGUUUUCUAAAAAGUGAUGACGUGAAGGAUUUUUCGAUAUCAUUGGAUUCAGAAAAAAUAGAGGAUUCCAAACGUGUGGUCCGUUUCUGGAUUGAUCCACGUUAUAAAAAGUUACUGCAACACCAGGCGACUGUGAAGAUUGACAAUCAUCAGCGAAUUGUUGAAUAUGAAACAAUUGGAGGAGGUCUCAAGCUCAGUGGCAAGCAUUUCCCAAUCAAACCGAAAACCGACAGAAAGAACCGAAUAAUGAUGAUGUUUCUCGCGAGAAAGACGGAAACUGUUGAUUAUCCACUCUCACCCACUAUAUUCAUCGAUGAAUACAGAGCAAUAUGUGCAACUUCUGAAGCAAGAUUCACUGCGCAAAGACGAUAUAGAGGAUUGAAAGACAAAAUAUACUGGGCGACUGAAUACGAUAAGGUUACGAGAAUGAAGAUGAUGUUCAUUUCUGGUGGAAAAGUUCCAGAAUGUUUCCUCAGAGAGCUACGAGAAGAUGCAUUGGUAGAUGUGGACGAAGAAAAUCGAAUUAUUCUUUAUCAAUCAAUCGAUGGAAGUCUCAAUUUGCAAGGAGAUCACAGUCUAUCGACAAAAAUGAUGAUGGUUGCAGCUUAUCGGAAUAGUUUGGAUAUUGCGCAGCUUGAAUCCAAUGAAGAGUCAGUGGAAAUUGAAGAGAGAAAUGAGAAAGAAGAGACAAUUGUUGAUAUGUCUUCAAUGAAGAGAAAUGGGAGAUUAACGAAGUAUGAUGUUGAGUGGUGGCCAUCGAUGAAAAAGAGAAACAUGGGUGACCUCGACUAUUCACUACCAAUUAAUGAUGCUGAAACAAGCGCUAAUGUCAUUUACGAAGAAGAUCCAAUGACAGCUAUAACGAAGAAACGUAUCAAAGAAGAGCAUAAUUACGCAGCGUUCAACAAUCAAUACAUCGAAACCAUUCCUGUUCGAGAAUCCAUUCCGCCUAAUUAUAAUUCCAAGUUAAUUGAAGAAAUUAAGAAUGAAUCGGAGAAUGAUGUUGAGUGGUGCCCAUCGAUGAGAAAGAGAAACAUGGGAGACCUCGACUAUUCACUAUCAAAUAAUGAUGCUGAAACAAGCGCUAUUCGAAAUGAUGUCAUGUACGAAGAAGAUUCGAAACGUAUCAAAGAAGAGCAUGAGUACACCGAGUUCAACAAUCAAUACAUCGACACCAUUCCUGUUCGAGAAUUCAUUCCGCCUAAUCAUAAUUCCGAUUUAAUUGACGAAGUUAAGCAUGAGUAUGAUUGA